UGCGGUUUUGAUUUCCGCUCCGCUGGUGAAUCAUUUCAGAUAGUUCUGUGAUUUUUGGAUCACAGAUAUGACCAACACAAAUGCCGAAUUGUCUCAGGGAAAUAAUGGUGGUCCCCCUCCUAAUCCCCAAUCUGGACCACCAGAGCAUCAGAAUUCUCGUGGUUCCAACAACAAUGCGAUUUUCAAGAGUGGACCACUUUUUUUGUCUUCCAAAGGAAUUGGAUGGACAUCUUGGAAGAAAAGGUGGUUUAUUUUAACACAAACUUCUCUUGUUUUCUUCAGAAGUGAUCCAAAUGCCAUCUCUCCGAAGGGAAAUGAAGUGAAUUUGACCCUUGGCGGCAUCGACCUCAACAAUUCAGGCAGUGUUAUUGUUAAAGCAGAUAAGAAACUUUUGACUGUACAGUUUCCCGAUGGUCAUGAGGGACGGGCUUUCACACUUAAGGCUGAAACUACAGAGGACUUAUACGAGUGGAAGAUUGCACUGGAGAAAGCUUUGGAAAAAGCACCAAGUGCUGCCAACGGGAUGGAGCAAAAUGGUAUCUUUAGGAACGAUCAAACUGAUUCAAUUGAUAUUUCUUUGGACCAGUUGCAUGAAAAAGAACCAGCCAAAUCUACUGUAAUUGGUCUACCAAUUUUACUUGCUUUGGAGGAUGUUGAUGGAAGUCCUACAUUUUUGGAGAAAGCAUUGACAUUCAUAGAAGAGCAUGGAGCCCGAGUAGAAGGGAUCUUGCGACAAGCAGCUGAUGUUGAUGAUGUUGAGCGUCGAGUUCGGGAAUAUGAACAAGGAAAAGUUGAUUUUGCUCCGAAUGAAGAUGCACAUGUCAUUGGUGAUUGUAUUAAGCAUGUUCUUAGGGGAUUGCUAUCUUCUCCAGUCCCUGCAUCUUGCUGUAAGGCACUGUUAGAAGCUUGCCGAACUGAUCGCAGUGUUAGGGUUGCUUCUAUGCGUGCAGCAAUAAAUGACACUUUCCCUGAACCAAAUCGCCGCUUAUUGCAAAGAAUACUGUUGAUGAUGCAAACUGUGGCUUCACACAAAGCUGUAAACAGAAUGAGUUCUUCAGCUGUGGCAGCUUGCAUGGCACCAUUACUUCUCCGUCCCCUUCUAGCUGGAGAGUGCGAGAUCGAUAAUGAUUUUGAUGUAGGAGGAGAUGGUUCUAUUCAACUUUUACAAGCAGCUGCAGCUGCUAACCAUGCCCAAGCAAUUGUUAUAACUUUAUUAGAAGAAUAUAACAGCAUAUUUGGGCAGGAAGGCUCUGUGUCCCCUGAUAUAUACACCGACACAGAAGAGAGUGGGUCUGAGAGUGAGGAAGGUACUGAUGAUGAUCUAUCCUAUGAUGAGGAUUAUGACGAUGAAUCAAUACAUGAGUCUGAUGAGGAUGAAGAAGAUGAUCUUGUCAGCGAAUCCUACACUGAAACUGGAGAUUCUGAAGAUUACAAUGACAAGGAUCAUGACCAUUCUAAUUCAAGUACAAAAUCUUCAGAAGCGGGUGAAGAAAACAAAGUCAAUCAAAUGUCACUGAAGUCACGUGAAGGCUCACCGACUCAACAUGAAAAUACCGAAAGCAGUGAAAAUCUCAUGAGUCCAAAGAAGACUGCUUAUGUAGACCAGUCCAAUAAGGCUGCUGAUAUGGUUGGAGAAGUUUCCACUGUUCUAGCUAGUAAGCGUGAUUCAUCUUCUCGUAGCCCUUCACAUAUGAAAAAAUCUGCAACCAUGUCUAAUGUCCCAGCACCUCGGCACCGAACCAUGUUGGGGCGCACCUCUGCAAGGAAGAACCUCUCCAUGGAAUCCAUUGAUUUUCCUAUUGAAGAGGAAGAUGAAAUUGAAAAGCUCGAAGCUACCAAGACACAACUACAAAACGAAAUUGCAGAUGAGGUGAAAGCAAAUGAAAAGCUGCAAUCUAAGAUAAAUGAACGGAAGAAAGACUUGCAAGAGCGGCGAUUGGCCCUUGAGCAAGAUGUGGCUAAACUACAGGAACAAUUGCACAAGGAGAAGAGUUCUCGGGCAACUCUUGAGACCAGGGCAGAACUUGAGGAAUUAGCUCUAGUAGAAGUGGACCUUUCCAACUUAGAGCGGAUGGUUGAGGAGCUUGGGAAGCGGCUCAAUGUUAAACUUGAGCAUAAUUUUGGAUCUACUUCAGAUAUCAGUAAUCCAUCGCGGCAGUUAUCAAAUAAAGAAAGAAAACAGAAAUAUAAGGGAGAUGCCGAAGUUGCUGCUGCAUCACAAUCUGAAAGAUCAAAGGAUGCCUAUCUUAGUGGAGCAGAAAGUGAUACCGAGAGAAAGCCAGAGUCAACACCUUUACCAAACAAACAGCCACCAACUAGUUCCAACAAGAGAUCUAGUUCAAAGGGUGAGGGAGCAAAUACUUCUGCAUUCACAAAACUGACAUCCAGGCUGAACUUUUUGAAGGUGGGACGAAGUCAAGCUGUUAAUGAACUACAUAACACAGAUAGAGGCCGAGAGUCGAGUAACUCUUCGCGCAACCAGGAUAAAGGAAAAGGAUCUGAACGUCGAGGAUCUGAUGUGAUAAACCCAGAAAAGGGUAGAGUUAUGGACAAUUCCCAUUCACUCUCGGAAAAAAGAUCGAGCAAAAGUAAAUCACAUCAAAAUUCAGAGAAACUAAAAAAGUCAGAUAGUCAGCCAGGCUACCACUCAGAAGGAUGGGAUCAGCACCCAGCAUACUUGGAAAGAGGAAGAUCAGAAGGACAUCAUCAAUCUUAUAAUGUAGAUAAAGGUCGAUGAUUACUACGCCAGGUUUUUGUUACACAUGAAUUUCAGAUGGUACUGGGCUAUUGAAAUCAGUCAUUGUUUUUUCUUUUCCACGUAGCAGCAUUGUUCAUGUCUUCAACAAUGUUUUGCGAGAAGAACCCUUCUUUGUUAAGGUUGGCACAAGAGCCUCUAUUCAAAUGAGAGCAGCACCGAAGUUCAUUUACUACCCCAAAAAAAAAGGAUGUGCGAAGAUUACAUAAACUGAACUGUUUGAAGCCUAAAAUGCUGGUUUUUAAUGACUCAGUAAACAGCAUGAUGAUUUUGCAAUUACAUUAUCGUAUUUGUAACUGUGAUAGCAUUCAGUAGUUUGGCAUAAGCUGGCAAAGCAUUAUUAGGCAGAUGACCUUGUCCAAGUUUCUUUGUUCUGACAUAUUUUUUAGCAAGUAAUUCUCAUUAUGUCUUCAUAUAA